CUCCAACCUCAUGAGCCUCACCUCGGUGAGCCACCAGUGAGCUUGCUCACAGCGCUCGAAUUCAAUUAGAUACCACCCAGUAUCUGAACCACCAUGGGCGUUACUGGCCUUUGGACAGUGUUGCAGCCUUGUGCCCGGCCUGUUAAACUAGAGACACUCAACAAGAAACGGCUGGCCGUCGACGCGUCAAUUUGGAUUUACCAAUUCCUGAAAGCAGUUCGCGAUAAGGAAGGUAAUGCGCUCCGCAACUCACAUAUUGUCGGCUUCUUUCGACGGAUAUGCAAGCUUUUAUACUUUGGAAUCAAGCCAGUAUUCAUCUUCGAUGGCGGCGCACCGGUUCUGAAACGGCAGACGAUCGCGGCGCGGAAAAAAAGAAGAGAGGGCAGACGGGAAGAUGCGACAAGGACUGCGGGCAAGUUACUUGCUAUUCAGAUGCAGCGGACUGCAGAGGAAGAAGCAGACGCGCGCCGACGGAAUAAAAAACCUCCCCGAAAUGAAGAGGAGGUGGUGCCUGACGCCCCCGUCUACGCAGACGAGGCUCUCAUGAACGAGCAGGAAAGACAAAAAAAUCGAAAGUUCAAGAAAAAAGAUCAAUACCACCUGCCAAACCUGAAUGUCUCGCUUGAAGAAAUGGGUGCCCCGAACGACCCUCGAAUCAUGUCACAGGAAGAGUUGGAAGAGUAUGCACGACAAUUCCACCAGGGCCAAGAUAUCAACCUCUACGACUUUUCUAAAAUAGACUUUGACAGUCCCUUCUUCCUCAGUCUCCCGGCCACAGAUCGAUACAAUAUUCUAAAUGCGGCCCGGCUCAGGAGUCGAUUGAGGAUGGGAUAUUCCAAAGAACAACUUGAUACCAUGUUUCCAGACCGCAUGGCCUUUUCAAGAUUUCAGAUUGAACGAGUUACUGAACGAAAUGAUUUAACGCAACGACUAAUGAAUAUCAACGGCAUGAACGGAGAGGAGGCAUUCUACAAGUCUGGACAACGGAUUGCCGGCGAGCGUGGUCGAGAGUAUGUCCUGGUCAAAGAUAGCCAAAAUGAGGGUGGCUGGGUUUUGGGCGUUGUGGGGAACAAACAAGCAGGACAUGAAGACAAGCCAAUUGAUGUAGACCAAUAUGGCCUGCCGGACCCGGUCUCAGAGUCCGACGAGGUGUCGGACGAUGACGAAUUCGAAGAUGUGCCUAUCGAAGGGAUCAACAGACUACCAAAACUGCCCGCCCUUCAAGAAGGAGUGUUCGAUAACUCGCUGCAGCAAGUUCAGGAAGAUCUAGACUUGCAAAGAGCAUUGUUUGAGUCACGCAGAAACCUACCCACUGCCUCUACACAGAAUGCCGAUGAGAAUGCGCUCUUUGUUCAAGGAGACGAGAACGCUUUUUUACCGCCACAGCAUCAAAAUUCUGACAUUUUUGAAGACGAAGAAGAACAAGACGAGCUCGCGAGAGCCCUCGCACUCUCAAUGCAGCCCGAUGACGAUGCAGACGAAGACAUGCCUGAUAUUACUAUUAAUCGGCCUUUGCAGACCGUAGCUGCUCCUGAGCCUUUGCAAGAACCGGCAUCUGACGAAAGUGACGACGAGAUGGACUUUUCGGCUGCAGUUGCCCAGACAAAGGUCUCCGAGAAGAAAUCUCUCAUUGAGAAUCCUUUCUCUGGGCCGCUUCCUUUUGAGUCUAUCACCCUCGAUAGAGCCACCCAGAAGCCCGAAGGGACUCCUGAGCUGGACGAAGAUGCCGGAGGUUUCAUUAAGGAGUCUACAAGUAAAAAGAAGAAGACCGAACCGCUUCCCCCGUGGUUCUUCGGAGAGAAGUUGAGUGAGGACUUUAUCACGGAGCCAACCUUCGAGAACAACGGCAAGGAUCAGGGUGACGCUCAGCAAGACCACUUAUUCCUCUCAAAUCGACGAUCGCCGGAUAUUAUUGAGGUUGAUGGCACGCCAGAGACUAAAGAAGUGAUCGAUCUAGAGGCGGAGUCGGAGCAAAAGAGCCCCGAGGUCCCUCUGUCAAUUGAAGCCGUCUCAUCGGUAGAAACAGAGCCAAUAAAGGCGGCAUCUCCCCUUCAACCAUCUGUGACUGCAGAGUCUGCCGGGGGUGAAACUGUUCAUGAUUCGCUCGAGGUCAAAGCUCCAGCGGAAGAACCUCAUGUAGUGACACUCGAAGACUUGAAAGAGGCUAGUGCACCAGAUCGGUCUUCCCAGGAAGAGGCGUCUCCCGAGCCCGAGUUUGAAGAUGUCGUGCCUCCAUCUCCCGCUCCUGUCUCAGCGCCGGGCCCACCUCCCGAGAUUACUGUCAUCACCGACCGCCAUCCCGAACCGCAAGCUCCGCUUGCGCCUUCCGAACUGCUUGUUCAAGAUGACGGUGAAUUUAGUGAUCCCGAGGAUGAAGAUCUCAUGCGGCAACUAGCCGCCGAAGGGGAGGAGCACGUUCGUUUUGCACAAACUCUCAACUCGGAGGUCCUGCUUAAUCAGGCGGACUAUGAGAACGAACUCAAGCAGCUACGAAACCAGCAGCGGAAAGAUCGACGAGAUGCAGACGAAGUGACUCAAAUCAUGAUUAACGAAUGCCAGCAGCUUCUACAAUUAUUUGGGCUGCCAUAUAUCACCGCGCCCAUGGAGGCUGAGGCACAAUGUGCCGAGCUCGUCGCCUUAGGACUCGUGGAUGGGAUUGUUACCGACGAUAGUGAUACAUUCCUCUUUGGCGGCACCCGCGUCUACAAGAACAUGUUCAAUCAGAGCAAAUUCGUGGAGUGCUAUCUAUCCUCCGACUUUGAGAAGGAGUAUGCGCUUCACAGGCGCAAGCUCAUCAGUUUUGCACAUCUUCUCGGCAGUGAUUAUACCGAAGGGAUUCCGGGCAUUGGCCCCGUCAAAGCCCUCGAGAUUAUCACCGAGUUCCCGAGCCUGGAAGAGUUUCGGGAGUGGUGGACGGAGCUCCAGACGGGCGUCAACAAGCCAGAUGAUGUCCACCUAGCUUUUCGGAAGAAAUUCCGUAAACAAGCCUCCAAGAUCUUCCUUCCACCGUCAUUCCCCAACACCAAUGUCGAUACCGCUUAUCUGGAGCCAGAAGUCGAUGCGGACCCGUCACCAUUUCAAUGGGGCGUCCCAGAUCUGAAUGGUCUUCGGCAUUUCCUCAUGACAACGAUCGGCUGGAGUCAAGAGCGCACCGAUGAAGUCCUGGUGCCGGUCAUUCGAGACAUGAACCGGCGGGCGCAGGAAGGCACACAGUCGAACAUUACACAUUUCAUGCAAGGCCCUCUAGGGGCGGGCGCGUUUGCGCCCCGCGUCCGCGGCAACGGUCCCAGCCGAAUGGAAAAGGCCUUUGGCCGACUGCGGCAGGAGGCGCGUGGUGGGCGACAGACGUCACAGGGUGAGGGGCGUGCAGCAGAAACGGCCACCAACGAUCUGGCCGAGGGCUCGAGCUCUGGCAAACGUGGGAAAGCCACCAAAGAAGGCGCCAGUAAGAAGCGAAAGACUCGGGUAGACUCGUCAGGUGCAUGAACAGGUGGAGAGGAUGAGUGGCAUGUCUGGCAUACCAUCCGGUCUUUUAAUUAGGUUAUUUUCACAGCGAAGUAUUGAAAUCUAUGCAUGCAUACGAAGUGCUGCGCGUUACCCUAAUGGAAUUGAUGGAUCAACAUGAACCAGACUGGCGGUGCCCGUCCUUAGUGUACCACGGGAGCUUUCUCGUGAUUAGAGUAGAAGCAUCUUUGCUUAGCUGAUUUGCAGGCGACCCCCCACCGAAUAAGCAGCGUUUCCAGCAUUCCUCCCCCACUGACGAUCAACCGCCAUGAUCCACGAUAUCCAGGAACUGCAUAUCUCAAUUGCCCUUUUGAUUGUCUCUACUCGCCUUCUUCUCGAUCCCACAUUGAUUCCAGUUUUCCAUGAAAGCCGAAAAGGAAAAGUCAUCAUCCCAG